AGUGACCAGAAGGAGGGGAGCGGAGGGGAGGUCUCCCAGCCUGUGAGCAGCACAGUGCCAAGCCCCGCCCCUUGCUGUGCCCUGUCCGUAACUCCAGAUUUUGACCCUGAGCUCCAGUCCCAGUUUGGGGGCAGAGGGCUGAGGACAGGACGCCCCAGAAUCAGGAGGCUCCCCUCAGGAGAUAAGAUCCUGCGUCUACAGCAGCUGUCUCUUCAGAAGUCUGGAAAUCCAGGCUGGCACGAUGCGCGUGGUGGUGAUUGGAGCAGGUGUCGUUGGGCUCUCCACUGCCCUGUGCAUCCACGAGCGUUACCAUUCGGUCCUGCCAUUGCUGGAUGUGAAGGUCUAUGCGGACCGCUUCACCCCGUUCACCAACAGCGACGUGGCUGCUGGCCUCUGUCAGGCCUACCUCUCGGACCCCAGCAACCCACAGGAAGUGCAUUGGAACCGGCAGACCUUCGACUAUCUCCUGAGCCACAUCCAUUCUCCCAACGCUGCAAACAUGGGCCUGGCCCUAAUCUCAGGCUACAACCUCUUCCGUGAAGCUUUUCCGGAUCCUUCCUGGAAGGACACAGUUCUGGGAUUUCGGAAGCUGACUGGCAGAGAGUUAGACAUGUUCCCUGAUUAUAGCUAUGGCUGGUUCAACACAAGCUUGAUUGUGGAGGGGAGGAGGUAUCUACCAUGGCUGACUGAAAGGUUAACUGAGAGGGGAGUGAAAUUCUUCCACCGGAAGGUAGAGUCUUUUGAGGAGGUAGCAAGAGAUGGUGCUGAUGUGAUUGUCAACUGUACCGGGGUGUGUGCUGGGGCAUUGCAGCCAGACCCUCUACUGAAGCCAGGCCGGGGACAAAUUAUUAAGGUGGAUGCCCCUUGGAUGAAGCACUUUAUUCUCACCCAUGACCCAGAGAAAGGCAUCUACCAGUCCCCAUACAUCAUCCCAGGGAUGCAGGCAGUGACCCUCGGAGGAAUCUUCCAGCUGGGGAAUUGGAGUGAGGUAAACAACAUCCAGGACCACAAAACCAUCUGGGAAGGUUGCUGCAGACUGGAGCCCACACUGAAGGAUGCCAAAAUUGUUGCUGAAUUUACUGGCCUCCGGCCAGUACGCCCCCAAAUUCGGCUAGAAAGAGAACGGCUUCACUUUGGGUCUUUUAACACAGAGGUCAUCCACAACUAUGGUCAUGGAGGCUACGGGCUCACCAUCCACUGGGGCUGUGCCAUGGAGGCCACCAAGCUCUUUGGGAAGAUCCUAGAAGAAAGGAAGUUGCUCAGGAUGCCACCACCACACCUCUGAAAACACUGCCGCCCCAAGGACUCCCCAUGCCCCUCAGCCAACCAAUCAAUGUUGCCCCCCUCCCCAGCUGUCACUUACCCUCCAAUUCUACCCUUGUUCCUUUCUGCAAGAAACAGAAGAUGAGAUGGAGGCAAGUUGGGCCCUACUUGGGACUUACUCUGAUCACUGGGGUCUCUACCCACUCUGGGAUGCAUAGAAUAAAGAACAGCUGGGGGCUGUUACAUUCUAAGUCCUCAGAAGAAAGGAAAGCUCAGAAAAUCAAAGGGGCCAGCAGAAAAUUGAGGACAGUUGAGAUUAGGUAACUUGAGGACAAAUUACAUUAACAUAUUAAAAAGGUUCUGAAAAGUCCUGCAACAAAGACAUCUAACUGAUGUUCUUUCAUCCGGACCUAAACUUAUUUAGCUAUGGAACCCUUUUUGCCCAGAGCACUGAUGCCACAGAGUGCACUUGAGGGAAGCCUUUGAUAGAUCUCAUUGUAGGAAGUCAUAUGCAGAGCUGGAGUGCAGGGAGGCAGAAGAGGGAAGGCAUUGAACUAACAACAUGAUACCCGUUCAACAUCCGGGAUUCCCAACAGCAUCAGCGGCCUGCUGAAUGGUCCUAUGGUAACCCCUAAGGAGGGGCCGCCAGAGGUUUCAUCACACAAGGAACUGAACUCACCAAGCAUAAUCCUUGUUUGGGGGCAGAUUUAAUGUCUCUCUUCUGUUCUGACUGGUACCCUCUGAGAUGAUAAACAGACUUCCGAAUGUUUCUGAAAGCCUUAAGUGAACCUAGAGGGCACCUUAGCUACUUUAUCUCUAAUUAUCUGUAUCAGGCUCUGGGGUGGAAUUUGCAUCUGUCUGGGUUUUUGAGAAAGACCAGAACCUGGAGGAAGCCUUCAUGCACUUGGGACCUGUGGCACCCUAUGUGCUGUGACGAGGUCUUGAUUGGCCCUCAUCAUGCCGUCUACAACCAUGCCAUCACUAUCUACUCCUUCCCACGUUGUGCCAUCUGGUGGGGUCUCCAUAAAGCAUCUGCCAUGAUUUUGACUGACGCUGAGCUAAGUAGAGUGAGGGAACCAAGAUCUGUUAGAGUUCCCAUCCUAAUCAUGAAUAAUCAUUAAGAAUAAAUUAUUAAUUAUUAUCAUUA